GGCGUGGCCGACUACGGCGCCGCCCAUCUUGCAGCGCGUGAUGGUGCUGUCGCGCGUCGGCAGGAACAUGGUCAUGAAUUCGUCCUCGGGCAACCUGGCCCAGUGCCAGUUCGCUGUGGCAUGCAGGGGCUCAGGCAUGUCAGCGCACGUUUCACCACCGGCUCGGCUGCGCACAUACUGCCCCUUUGGGGAUCGGCCACUGACAGGCUGGCCGCUGGCUCUCGUCGUACUCGAGGUACUCAUAGUAGUCGCCGUACAGAUCCAUGGCGUCGUUCCAUAUCGGGUCGCUCUCAGCGAGAUCGUCUCGACGGAACGUCUCGUACACCAUGCGGUCCGUCAUUGUAGCUGCCGAUCUGCUAUCGAUCUGCUGCCGAUCCAAGGCUGCCAGGACCUGGGAUUGCCUGUUGGCAUGCCUCGCUGUUAUCUCUCAUCAAGACAUCGAGUCUGGGGCCUAGCCCUGACUAGGUUUGCAUUUCGGCCAGGCCUCGACUUCAAGGAGGUGUAGCUAUGUCGCGCUGUCGCCGAACGCGGGUCGAAGGCUCGUAAAUGCGUCACAUAGCGAUCCAGGUCUCAUCGCGGCCAGAAUCGACGCCACAAUCCAGGACUAGACCGAUGACGACACCACUUGCAGUGCAAAUCAGCCAUCGCGUCCGUCCGAGCGCCUAGGGAGCAUGCCGCAUAAAGCUUGGGCUCCGCAUCUGGACGAUUCCAGUCGGCUUCGUAAAAAGCAGUUGCAAACCAUCACGAUGAAGGACCGCAAGGAUGUCGUCUCCGAGUUCAGCGAGCUCGUCAACAUGACGGCGUCGGAGCUCGAGGAGUGGCUCAAGUCGGACGACUCCAACAGCGCCGGCUGGGCCGAGGGCGAUGGAGAGAGCGUUGGCCACGGCAGCGGGCGCAAGAUUGUCGAGAUCCUCAAGGCGAACCCGGAAAAGAAGGCGGACCAGUACUCGGACGAGGACGUGGAGCACAUGCGCAAAGUGGUGGCCUACUGUAAGCGACACCUCGUGCAGGAGAAGGGGCCAAACAUCAGCAAGUCCGAGGAGGAGGUCAAGAAGACCAAGUCGUACGCGUCGCUGAAGAACUGGGGACACGACUUUCUCAAGGGGGCGGGGACGGAGGGGGGAAUGGAGUCGGAGCCAGGAGAGAAGAGGAAGACGUGGGCAAGCCAAGCUGGCGCGAAAAAGGGGCACGGGACAGCGAAAGGGGGUAGGAAGACAGAGGGUGAGGACGAGGGGGCUGAGAAGGACAACGAAGACGAGGGUGACAAAGAAGACAGCGGCGGCAAGCAAGACGAAGACAAGGUUGACGAUGACAAGGACGACAAGCCCAACGACAAUGCCAAGGAAGACAAGCAAGCCACUGACAAGGAAGCCACCGAGGAAGCCACUGACAAAUCCGAGUCCGCCCCCGAAAAAGGAGACGCGGUGAGCUGGAAGUGGGGAGCCGGCCACCCCCAAGGCACCGUCCUGGACGUCAAGCAAGACAAGGCGACAAUCACCACCAAGAACGGCAACAAGGUCUCCCGGGACGGCACCGAGGAUGACCCGGCCGUCGUGCUAGACGCGGGCAGCUCUAAGGCAGUCAAGUUGGCACACGAGCUGGAUUAGGGGCGACCUGGCGGAAUUUGGACCGUGUACCUCUGGCCAUGUCAUUAUAAAGAAUGCCAAGUCUGUCAAGUGACAUUUGUCACCAGGGCGCGGAGGCGGAGCGAGCAUCGCCUCCACGUUUCCGCGUUUCCCCGCAAUGUGCAUGUCGUCGCGCCGUAGAAAUCCUGGGG